GAACGGUAACGAAUUUGAAGCUGCUGCUCGCAUUCGCAGAACCCUGAAAACCGCUGCUCCAGAAAUGGAAACGACAUUACGAAGAUGGCAAACCACGCCGCGCCAACUGCUGAUUGCAGCGACCAUUGCCAUCGCUUCCUUCCCAUGCUCCCUCUCGCGAAGCAUCUAUGGCUCAUCGGCAGGCUACAUUGGGCCUGUCCCCCCUCUCGUCGCUUCCCAUGAUGCCGCAAUGCAGGUGCCGCAGCGGAUAGAGAUCACAGCAGCUGACUCGUCGCUGAUGAAUGCUGACUUGAGGUACGCAUCUGCUGCUGAUGGGCUGGCGGCGCCGUCGAUGAGUGAAGGGCCGCCCGGCGCCUUGUUCGGUGCGAUUGAGGAGACGAAAUGGAGAGGUGAGCCGCCAAAACGACCGUCGCUGAGGAAUCCACAUGUGUGGCUUGCCUUGUAUGUGCGCUCACUUGUGCAGAUCUCGACGCCUCAUCAGUCCCCCUUUCCUCCCCGGUGCUUGCCAGGUGAGCACCUACAUCACACGAGUAUUCGAUGAGCCACCCAACCCAUGCGCAGCCUUCCUCCCUUCGUGUCGUGUGUUGACUGACCUGUAGGAGCAGUAUUGUGCUGGCUUCGUCGGUCAUCAAGAAGCCAUGGCCGCUGGUAGCCAUCGCUGUCGCCUACAACCUUGUCUGCAUUGGAAUCCUGCUGGGCAGGCCCGGUCAAAUCGACAACGAGGUGAUUAAUUGUGGACCACAGCGACCUCCACGUGCUUACAUGGAAAGCCAUCUCUUCUUCUCUCCCUGUCUGUGGCGUGACUGGUCAGAUCCAGUUGACUCCUUCACGCAAGCCAAAGGGCAUCUUCGGGUUGGUGCCGCCAUCGGAGUGGCGGAUAGUGGCGCUGCUGGUGGGCUGGAUAGCCAUCAACAUCAUCGUGGGCGCAUGGCCAGAUAUACCUGACGAAGUGGUCUAGACUAGACAUCAUGGGAUGUGAUGAUGUGAGCUAUGCUGUGCCGUGCCGG